UAAUCGAAAUAUUGUAACAUUUUUUUUUAUAUAAUUCGAAAAAUAUAUUCAGGAAUCCAAAGAUUAAAUUUGAUAUGAUUACCGUAUUUUGGACAUGCCUUUUAUUAUAUUCAAACACACUUAGCUACUCUCAUGAUUCUACAAAUAAAGGUAACGUUAAAAAUUGCAAAUAUUUAGAAGAAACUCAUUUAGAAACGCUUUUUAAAGCCAUAGAUUAUCGCAAAGAUGUUUUUGUUGAACGACUAGCUCAUGCCGUAGCUAUCCCUAGUGUAUCAUCCCAAUCUGAACAUCAGGAAGAUCUGGUUAAUAUGUUAAAGUGGACUGGCGAUAUUUUAAAUAAUCUGGGUUUUUUUUGGCAAAUAAAAUCUCCAACUUUAUCUAACAAAUCGAACUCUUCAACCAGUUUGAAAUAUCCCUUCUUAUUAGGGCAUCUGGCUAAAGCGCAAAAUAUCAACAAACAAGUACUUAAUAAAUCCAAAACUCUAUUGAUUUAUGCACAUGUUGACGUAGUGGCUGCUAAACAAUCCGAGGGAUGGGAACAGUCAGAUCCGUUUGUAAUGGAAAGGAAAAAUGGAUUUUUGAAGGGCAGAGGCACUACAGAUGACAAAGGACCCGUAGUAGCUUGGUUAAACGCCUUAUCUGUGCUAAAAGAAGAGCUAGGAAAUGAUUGUUUCCCACCGCUAAACAUAAAAAUUUUCUUAGAGACGGGCGAAGAGAUUGGUUCUCCAGGAUUAAGAGAAAUAUUGAGUAAUGAGGCAACAUUUUUUAACGAUAUAGAUUAUUUAGUCGUAACUGACAAUUAUUGUUUGACAAAUUAUAAGCCGUGCCUGACUUAUGGCUUAAGAGGUAUGGUUUAUUUCUCGCUAGAAAUUAACGGACCUUUCAAGCAAGACUUGCAUUCGGGAGUCCAUGGGGGUCCCAUCGACGAACCACUACGAGAAAGCGUUUAUUUAUUAGCUUCCAUGGUUGAUAAGGAUGGCAAAAUAUUGAUCCCAGAAAUAUAUGAUGACGUGUUGCCUUUGGAAGAACCAGAAAAUGCUUCAUAUUCUUCCAUUCAAUUUAACGACGAAACUCCGGGUGCUUAUUUCGUAGCUUCCAAAAACGAGGUACUAGCCAAGAAAUGGAGAUGGCCUUCCCUUUCUGUACACGGUAUAGAGGGUUCUAUAUCCCAAAAAGGGGAUGUUAAAUCUGUCAUACCUCAUAGAAUUCUCAGCAAGUUUAGCAUUAGACUAGUUCCAGAUCAGGACCCCGAACGAGUAAAAGAAUUGGUUCGCUCUUAUCUAGAAGAGUUGCACGCUGAUUGGACCCUGGGCAAGGAGAACGCCAAUACAAUGACGUUGAAGUCUCUUCACGAAGGAGUUCUAGCAUGGUAUAAUCCUAACCCACAGAAUAAUCCCGUAUUUAUAGCAGCCGAGAAGGCAGUAAAACGAGUCUAUGGGUUAGAACCAGAUUACACAAGGGAAGGGGGAACGAUACCCGCAGUUGUUUACCUAUCUCAAGCUAUUCCUUCCCCAACAAACGUAAUACUGCUGCCUAUCGGUACAACUGACGAUGGAGCUCAUUCGCAAAACGAGAAAUUAAGCGAGCAGCAUUUCAUGAACGGUACCAAGUUGAUGCUGGCUUACAUAUAUGAAUUAUCCCUAACACAAUAUUGAAUAUUUUCUGUCUUCAUUAUUUUAUUAUUUGUAACUUACAUUUUUAAAUAAUUCAAAAUAAAAUAAUAUUAGUGAUAGUUAAGAUAAUUUUAAAUAUCCAUGCUUCUGUGAUGGAUACAAAUUGGGAAAGGUUAAAUUCAUAAAGGCAAAAAAUGUUAUAUAAUAGUU